GCCUAAUGUAACAAUUUUUUAAAAUUAUUUAUGCCUUAAUUGUGCGGAAUUCAUCAGCAUUUGCGAAACGGUUACACCCUUACCUCAAUACUUCAUUUUAUAAUUGGCGCCACUGAUUCGAUGGAGAGCAUUAAUCAAGAGGAAUAACUUAUAUUGUUUUUCUGUGAAACAACGGAGCUUUUUAUUUUGUGUUGUUUAAAGUCUGGAAUAUGUUUUAUCCCAGAAACGAUGUAUCAGCUAAUAGCUCAAUUUAUAUUUCUGAAUAUUUGCAGCUGCUUGAUGGAGUUAUCAUAAAAAAGUUCCUUGAAUUGGAUAAAUGCUGCCUACUAGCAGAUCGAUAUAUUCUUGCAAUGAUAUUUACAUACUUUACAAGAGCACAGUUAACUCCUCAUGAAUUCACACCCUAUAACUUCUUUGUUGCUCUCCAUCUCGCACAUGAUAUUGAAGAAGAUGAUGAAGAAUUAAAAAGAGCUUCAGUGAUUUUUGCAUUACAUGGUGAGACAGCAUGUAAUUGCGUAGACAAUGACUUUUACCAGAGCUUUCUUAGAAGCAGAAAUAUUCUGUUGGAAAGAAUGAAACACAGAGCUCUUGUUAGCCUUGGAUGCUGUUUAAAGGUAAUAGAAAUGCACCCCCAUCAUUCUGCCUGGCUAAGGUUCAGAGCAGAAGUCCAUGCAGGAGCCAACAGAGGAUACAUGCCAAAGAGCAUUCAUGGAGCAUCUGAAGUAAAUGAUAUAUGUUGGAAUUGCAACAAGUGGAAAACAGUCCUUAACAAUUAACUCAAGGAAGGUGCUAUUCGCUUUAGUAUUUUACUGCAGUCAAACUUGUUUUCAAAUUUCAAUAAAAUUUUCAAGUUUGUAACAAAAUAAAAAAAAACAACCAAUAACA